GCUCUGCCGGCGCCAUUUUGAAAGUGGAGGCUGUGGGGGGGGGCCGGAGCGAGGCGCGGAGCGGGGGCAGCCCCAGGAGCGGAGCCGGCCGCACCCCCGCCGCCAUCCGCCGCCAUCCGCCCCCCGCCGCCGCCCCCCGCCCGGCGCCGCCGGCACCGCCGCGCACCGCCCGACCCGCCGGGCCCGCCGCGCCCGCUAUCGCCAGCCCAACAUGGCAGGAGCUGGAGGAGGAAAUGACAUUCAGUGGUGUUUUUCUCAGGUGAAAGGCGCUGUAGAUGAUGAUGUAGCAGAAGCGGAUAUAAUUUCUACAGUAGAAUUUAACCAUUCUGGAGAGUUGUUAGCGACAGGAGACAAAGGAGGUAGAGUUGUCAUCUUUCAACAGGAGCAGGAGAACAAAACCCAGUCUCACAGUAGGGGAGAAUACAAUGUUUACAGUACGUUUCAAAGCCAUGAACCAGAGUUUGACUACUUGAAAAGUUUAGAAAUUGAAGAGAAGAUCAACAAAAUUAGGUGGUUACCCCAGAAAAAUGCUGCUCAGUUUUUAUUGUCUACAAACGAUAAAACAAUAAAAUUAUGGAAAAUCAGUGAAAGGGACAAAAGACCAGAGGGUUAUAAUUUAAAGGAAGAAGAUGGACGGUAUAGGGAUCCUACUACAGUUACAACACUACGGGUGCCAGUAUUCAGGCCCAUGGACCUCAUGGUUGAAGCUAGUCCACGAAGAAUAUUUGCCAAUGCUCACACGUAUCACAUCAAUUCCAUCUCCAUUAAUAGCGAUUAUGAAACGUACUUAUCUGCAGAUGACUUGCGGAUUAACCUGUGGCACCUAGAAAUUACAGACAGAAGUUUUAAUAUUGUAGAUAUAAAGCCUGCCAACAUGGAGGAGCUCACAGAGGUGAUAACAGCUGCAGAGUUCCACCCAAACAGCUGCAAUACGUUUGUAUACAGCAGCAGUAAAGGAACGAUUCGUCUCUGUGAUAUGAGAGCGUCAGCACUCUGUGACAGGCACUCAAAAUUGUUUGAAGAACCAGAAGAUCCUAGCAACAGAUCAUUUUUCUCUGAAAUCAUCUCUUCCAUAUCUGAUGUCAAAUUUAGCCAUAGUGGUCGAUAUAUGAUGACUAGAGAUUACCUGUCCGUGAAGAUCUGGGAUUUAAAUAUGGAAAAUAGACCUGUGGAAACAUACCAGGUGCAUGAAUAUCUCAGAAGUAAACUUUGCUCACUGUAUGAGAAUGAUUGCAUUUUUGACAAAUUCGAAUGCUGUUGGAACGGAUCGGACAGCAUUGUCAUGACAGGAUCUUACAACAACUUCUUCAGAAUGUUUGACAGAAACACAAAGCGAGACAUCACCUUAGAGGCAUCCCGGGAAAACAAUAAACCCCGCACGGUUUUGAAGCCACGUAAAGUAUGCGCAAGUGGUAAGCGAAAGAAGGAUGAAAUCAGUGUUGACAGCCUAGACUUCAACAAGAAGAUUCUACACACAGCCUGGCAUCCUAAGGAAAACAUCAUUGCCGUAGCUACUACAAACAACUUGUAUAUAUUUCAAGACAAAAUGAAUUAGGGUUGGCAUUCCUACCUGAAGAGUCCACUUCCUGCAUAGUUGAAAUAGUUGAAUCUAGCAUUUGUACCUGUAAACGAAAGAGAAUGAGAGGUCCAUUAUGGCACCCCUUUCCAGUGUUUAAAAAUGUGCCAUAUGACAACACACUUUUAUAGCUACAUGGAGAAAGCUCUGUUGAUCUGUCACUGCGUUCUUCUCCAUGUCUGCUAGCCAUUUAGGUGAGGAUAGGGCACUUUUUAAUUUAAAUGACUACUUGCACCAUCUUGCCUAAUGGACUAGAUUGGACUGUAUCAACAUCGGUUUACUCCACUUUUUAUGCCUUCCAUUGUGAUGACGUCAAACACAGGGAAAGCCUUCAAUCAUGCUAUGGGAUAUAAUUGUGUAACCUCAUUACUGUAUCAUUCGUGGCCCCCUUUUUUUAUUAAAAACAGCUCAUUCUUGCUGUGGCUUGUAGCAUUCCUCCUCCUUCUGGCCUCCUGGACUCCCCCUUUCCCUUUCAUCCCCCUCCACCUAGCCUUGGUGGUGGUGUAUAGAAAAAAAAAAACCACAAAACAAAAUAAAGCACAUGAAAUGGGUCCGUUUGGGGUCAGUGGUAAAGGGGGUCUGUGUUGCAACAAAUGUUUUAAUAAACAGUUGACUGUAAUCACUCCUUGCCAUGUCUGGCACCAAAAAAGAGAAAAUAAGGAAAAGAAAAAACAACCAACCAACAAACUACUGAAUAAAAGUGACAAAGAAUGGAGAAUCUGUUUUCUUUUUUUUAAUCUACCUCUUUAUACAAAUACUCUGUGUUUUACCUUAGAUGCAUGAAAAUAAAAUAAUGUUUUUUGUAAUGAUUUUAA